AUGCAAGACGCCCGGGGCAAGACGGGGAGGGGGAAGCGAGCCAGGGCGGGAGGUCGAGGUGAGCGUCGAGGCAGUAGGCACAGAGGGCCGGUGCAGCGGAGGAAGGUACAUGUACUACGGGGGGGUAGAGGUAACGGGGGUGAGGCCUUCGAUCGUUACAGCGGGGACGGGGACGGCGCUGACGGUAGUAGGAAGAGGCUUCUUGAUCGGGGCGGAGGGACGUUGCAAGUACUGGGACAUGAGGAGCGGGGGCGGGCUGAGCUGGGAGGAGGCGAUAGGAGUAGGGAUCACGUCAAGCAUGGUGCGGUGCGGGAGCAUAGAGACCGGGGGCCCAGGGAUGCAUGGAGCGAAGGAAGUGGACGUGAGCAUCAACGGAGUAGACUACACGGGGGCUGGGGCAGAGGUGCUGUACGAGGCUGCAGCGACGCUGACGGGCAUCAUCCCGAGCAGGGGGCCGGCAGACGGGGGCGGGAGCAUAACGCUGAUAGGGGCGGGGCUGAGCAAGUAUACGGUGGAAGGGGCGCGGUGUCGCUUUGGAGGAAAGGGAGUGGAGAGGAUAGAGCCAACAUGGGGCAUAGCCGGGGGCGGGGCGACGGUGGUGACGGUGUGGGGAGCUUUGAUAGGGGAGGCAGGCAGUGGAGUGGUGUGCAAGUUCGGAGAGAAGGGAAGGCCUACGGAAGGGCAGGGGGUAGGCUCGUCAGGAGUAGUCUGCGAGGCGCCCGGACAGCAGGAGCAGCGGGCCAGCUUGUACUUGUCCACGGACGGGGGUCUGACUUUCCAUAA